ACUCCUCCACACGUCCAAAGCUUGUCCACUCUCUCACACGCUCCUUCCCUUCCGCGGAAAGCUUCUCGGAGUCUAGGGUUUCGCGCUCCCUCCCUCCCUCCCCUCCCAUGGCGGACACCGGAGCGGCACAGCCUCCGCCGCCGCCCCUGCGGGCGCCCGCCGCCGUGCCGGAGACCCUGCGCCGGCUCCUCGCGCUGGUCACUGACGUCCUGGUGUGCUGCUUCCUCGCCGCGAUGUGGGUGACCCCCGCCGCCAGCGCCGCCGCCGUCUUCUCCCGCUGGGCCUGCGGCGAGGGCUCCCCUGCCGCGGACGUCGCGGCGAAGGUCUCCGUCGCCUCCUUCCUGGCCACGGCGGCGCUCGCGCCGUUCGCCUCGCCGGUUGUGACGUGGCGCCUCCUUGGGCGUCCCCGCAGGGGCGGCAGGGCCCGUGAGCGCGGUCGUGGAGACGUCACCGGUGAACGCCGCCGCCGUCAGGAAGGAGGCCUUGGACGCGUCGUUCUGUUCGCGCUCUUCUCUGUCUGCUUCGCAGUCGUCGGUUUGCUGCUGCAAGAGCUCGCGCCGGAGGAGAAGGGGUCUAUACAGGAGAAGGUUGGCUCCGUGCUUGCUGACAUCGGGCUCUUUGCUAACUCCGUGAUGGUAUGCUUCGUCGUUGCUCCCAACUUGCUGAUCUUCCUGGCGAGGGAUCGGUGGAGAUGAAGGGCGGAAUGGGCAGGGUACCGUUGCACAAUCGAUUUUCGAGUCAGGAAUACAUGUGUUUUGUGGUACACGAGAUUUGGGUUUGUCUUCUAUGGGAAAUUUGAUGUGCGACCGCAAGCUGUCCGAGUAACUAUGUGAUCCGACUUUUAUGCUACUACAUGUUGCAGUUUCCCUUCUGAAGUGUUUGCUGAACAUGCCAUGGCCUAGGGCACUGCAAUUGUUAUGUUCUUACAUGUAUUUGAGGUUUUGGGGCCUCGCUCUCACGAACAUCAGUUUUGAUUUUGGAACGUUAACUCAGAAUGCUGUAUUUGGCCCGUAGUUCGGCUCUGCGUCAGGCCGGCAGCUCAGGAUUAUGAUUUGGGUGAUAGUUAGCCCAUGGUAGCAAAUACCAUCACUGGAAUUAUGUUUUGAACCGGGAAAUGUAGGUUACUGGAAGUGCUAGUGAUGCGCAUAUUUUGAUUUGUUGA